AUGAAAAAGAACUAAAAUAAGUCAUGUUUACAGAUUAAUAAUAACUAAAAACUAAGUUCAUAUCUAAAUUAAGAAAACCGUCAAUUAAAUAUGAUUAUAAUAAAAAGAGAUUAAGCAGUAUUAUAAUUUGAAUAGAUUUAAGUUUUUGAAUUAGAUAGAAAAUUUAAAGAGGAAAACCUAAGAUGUAUAAUAUGUUCAGAUUAUUUCUAAAAAUUUACAUUAACAUUUUGUGGACAUUCCUUUUGUUAUUUGUGUAUUUUUGAACAUCUACUAAAGAGUCAUGUAUAUAUAUAUAUAUAUUUAUAUCCCAGAAAUGUCCUAGUUGUUUUACAACUAUAAAAGGGCUUUAAUUUAUUUAUUGUAAAACAAUUGAUGGUUUCAUAUAAUCUUAAGUAGUUAUAUCUUCUUAAAAAAAUAAUGAUUAAUACCUUUCUCGAAAAAAAGACUUAAAAGUAUGGAAAGCUAAAAAGAAAAUCUAGACUUUUAAUAUAGGUGAUUAAGUAGAUAUUUUGGAUACUGAACAUAUAUGGUGUGUUGGUAAAAUCUUGAACAUAAUAUAAAAAAAGAAAGAAAAUUAAAUCUUAGUACAUUAUGAAGGAUGGAAUAAAGUAUAUGAUGAAUGUAUAUCUAUUCAAUCACCAAGAUUAUCUCCUAAAGGACUAUUUACUAAUAGAAAAGGUAUAUAUUUAAUAAUAUUUUAUAAGACAUUCUAUUAUAUCAACCAAGCAUUAAUUAAAAUACAAUGUAAAAUUAUAUAAGAUAACUUGAACAUUAAUAAACACGAUAAACAGGUCUAUUAAAUUAUUUGUUCUUUUAACAAUAAAAUUAGAAUUAAAACUAUAUAAUGGCAAUUGAAUCUGCUGAUAGGAGCACUCUAUCAAAUUUAUUAUCAUUAGUAAUUUAUAUUAGAGAAAUGUCAAAUGAUCAAAAUUCAUGA